AUGGCAUCAUCCACCGAGGCCUCUAGUAUCCGGGUUUCCGGGCAAACCGACUUUAUCUUGAUCAAAGGGGCGACCAUCAUCACCGUCAACGCCGAGGAGGACAUCCUCGAAGACUGCGAUGUUCUCAUCCGAGGAGACCGCAUUGCCGCCUUGGGCAAGAAUCUGCCCCAGCCAGAGGGAGUAACUGGGGAAGUCAUUGACGGAGCAGACUCGAUUGUCAUCCCAGGCUUUGUCGAUGGCCACCAUCACAUGUGGCAACAGAUGCUCCGGGGUGUCGCUACAGACUGGUCGUUGCUCGACUACAUGAUCAGCAUGCGGAGUGUGUACGGGAGCCUCUUCACGCCCGAGGAUGUUUACUUGUCUACCUAUGUUGGUGCGCUGAGCCUGCUCAACAAUGGCAUCACUUCUGUGCUUGACCACUGCCAUAUCAUCAAUUCUCCAGAUCAUGCCGAUGCGGCUGUAAAAGCGCUUAAGGACGCUGGUAUCCGAGGGACAUUUUGUUACGGAUUUUACGCGAACCCCCCUAGUAAUGACUCUGGAGCUUCUGCGACUGCAGAGUUUACCCACUCGGAGCGACUCGCUGACGCCGCGAGAAUUCGGGAGAAACACUUUGGCGAUAACCAUCCGGGGCAUCAGCUUCUGACAUUUGGUGUUGCGCCCAACGAGGUUGAAGCGCAGGAGUUUGACGACACAGCCCGUGAGAUUGCCGAAGCCCGCGGCCUCGGGGCUCGCAUCGUCACUAUGCAUGUCGCCCACGGCCCCAUGGAUCUCUUACACAAGCAGACUGUGCAGAAGCUCGCAGACGCCGGUGCACUUAAGUCCGAUCUCGUCUUCGCUCACGGGGCUUCACUCACCGACAGUGAGUUACGCGAAAUCUGUGCCUCAGGAGCGGGAGUUGUGAGCACCCCUGACACCGAGCUACAGAUGGGCAUGGGGUUCCCUGUUGCUUUCAGAGCUCGCGACGGAGGUUGCCGAGCCGGGUUGGGCAUCGACAUCACGUCAAAUCAGGGAAACGAUUUCAUUGCACAGAUGAGGCUGGCUUUGCAGACACAGCGUGCUGUGGAGAAUGAGAAGCGCAUACCUGUCACUGUGUCGCGCAAAACCUCGGAGGUUUUACGAAUAGCGACCGUUGGCGGUGCUGAAGUGAUGAGAAUUAACGACUUGGUUGGGCGUCUCGUGGUUGGAAUGAAAGCAGACGUGGUUAUGAUUAAAUGUGAUGACAUUGAGAGCAGUCCAGUCGCGAGUGCCACAGGGGCCGUGGUCUUCAACGCUUCAGUGGGGCAUAUCGAUACUGUCAUCGUGGAUGGCCAAGUAAGGAAGAGGAAUGGAAAGCUUGUGGCAGAUUGGGAACCAUUGAGGGAUGAAAUGCGCCGUCGUGCAGCAGCCAUAAAGACGAAGGCAGCGGGACAUGACUUGGCGGCCGCACGGGAGCGUUGGAUGAGCGCUGUUAAGUUAUGA